AUGGAGCAGGAUUUUAAGAGCAUAGACAAUACUUGAAAGUAUUAAGUCUUUUAACUUAAUAGGAGUUGCUUUUGUUCUGCUGCAAGAAUCACUCAUGUUUACAGAAAUGAUGUGUCUCCUCCAAGUCAAGAUGAGCACUGGAGGGAGAGCAAAGCCUGGCUUUCCCUGUGCCUUAGGCACAACCCGAAUUUAGCUGAUCCUGCAUGAACAGCACAGUCCAAGCACUGUGCCCUGAGACAGCUCUGCAGCUCUGCUCACCCUCCUCUUUGCAUGAGAAGUGGGUUCUGGUGGUCUCUGAAGAAAUGCUUCAUAUUUGUGAAAGUGGGACACCAAAGGAACAAGGAGCACCAAAAAAUACAGCAAAGAGACUUCAACCAUUUAGUGACAGCUUCAAGACCUGAGCAACAUUUCAAGGAGCCAGAUCAUUUAGAAGAUUGUAAAAGUAUCUCCGCUUUCUCCAAAGCAGGUGAUGGCGAGAAGGAGGUUAUCUGGUGCUGUCAUUAGCAAGAGGGGCAGUAUCUCGCUGCCAAAGAGGUGCUGAAGGCAGUGCUUGUCCCUGGGGUGGGAGGAGAGGGGAGGCGUGCGUGUUCGCGGCACUAAGGCGCACACACCGCUGACAGGUGCGGCGCCAACGCGACACAUGCUGGGAAACAAAAGUGAGACAUUGGUGGAAAGUGAAAAUGGAAAACUUUCCAGAUGCCAGGUGGAAAAUGGUAUUAAAGCUGUCAAAAUAAGUCACAACAAAGACUGGGUUUUCUCCUAGACUAACAGGAGUCAUGUUCUGGAGAAGAAUGGAGGUUUCAGCUACAAGGCAGACUGUCAUAAAUGAAACAAUUAUGAGCAUUGGAGGUUAAAUUUGAACCUAUUUGUUUUGGGGUUUUAUGCUUUGGUCUCUUUGUUUUUCAUUUUUCUCUUUCAAGUGCACUGCAGCAUUCCUGAUUUACUCUACAGUUUGUGGACAGGUCAAAAAUGUGUAAAUAAAUCCCACUGUCAUUGCUUCACAUAGUUAUCUAUUCUGGGCCUAAUUCCAAGCCCUGUUAAAUUGAUGGCAAUCCUUCCAUUGGCAUCGGAGGACUGCAGUUUGGAACCUGUGAUGGAGGUGCAAAGCAUCACCAGGGAGGAUGGAUAAACAGCCUCUGCAGUCAUCCAAAAUUAACAGAGAUAAAGAUGCCAUUGCAUCUGAACAUAACAUCCAGCAACUGAGACCAUCUGAAGAGGGCGAAGGAAAGGAAGUUUUUUCCACUGUUGGGGAAACAAAGAGUCAGAGCUGCAAAGGGGGUGAUGAUUUGUCAGACUCUUUCAAUGAAAGUAAAGAGCAGGAAUAUCCAACUGCAUCAGAACUAACAGUUGUAAGAAAUCUCAAGAAUCUAAAAUUUGAGGCUGGUGCUCCACAACAAGAAAAAGGAAAAAAGAAAAGUUUCAACUGUUUUUUCUGCACGUUCACCUCAGUGAAGUUGUGGAGUCUUAGGCGUCAUCUGAAAACCCAUUCGGGCGAGAAACGUCACGUGUGUCACCUCUGCCCCAAGGCAGCUCUGCUGCACAGCCAUGUCAACACACACACAGGGAACAAACCCCAUAAAUGCAGUGAGUGUGACACAGCCUUUGUGACCUGAGGGGAACUUGCACGACACAGGAGGUACAAGCACACUUUGGGGAAGCCUUUCAAGUGCACAAUAUGUGAAUACUCCAGUGUGGAAGCCAGCACGCGGGAGAGCGGCCCUACCCCUGCCACCUGUGCAGCCAUGCCAGCAAAGAUGCCUGCAAACUGAAGAGGCACAUGUCAACUCACACAGAUGGGACAGAAACAGCAACUCCAAGGGAACACAGAGCAGAAGCAGCUCAUUAAAUGGAUCCUCAGCAUGAUGGACAAACAAUGCACAAACAGAUUGGUCUUCCUUGUUCUCAGUAGUUGUAACUCAAAGUGUGGAACUACCUCCAGUUAGAAAGGUGGAAAAGAUGCUGGUUGGAAGCUGUUGAAGCCCUUCUCAUGUGCUCAUGUUGCUUCUUGCUGCAGUUUCUACUGUGUGACCUAAAUACCAUUGCAAAAUGGGAAAGUUAGAGGCAACUUUCACCUGGUUUAUUACAUACGGGUAAUAACAGAGUGGCAAAAAUCAGCUAAUUUCAGAGUUAUUUAUUAAAGAAUAGAUUGGUUGUUUCCCCUUUGAUUGGUUUUUUGCCAGCUUUACUCACAGAAUUGCAGACUGAUCUGAGGCAAGUUUAUCCCUCAGUAUCACUGAGAGCUGCCUGAAUUUCAGUGCUUAUACUUUGCUGAGGUAAGCACAUGGAAGGCAAUGAUUUUUUAGUACAAGGUACAUUUACUAAAUCUCCUUUCUGCAAACACUUUAGUUUCUAAUCAAAUUCAUGAUGCAAUAGAAUGCAUGACACAAUUUUGUGGAAAAGCACCAUUUUUUAUGCCUCAUACUGCUGGUAAUUAGAAACUAAUCUUUUGUCUGAGUUUUUCUCAGCUCACUUAGCUGGGGAAACAGAACUGCAUGGCAAAAAUGAAGCAGGAGCAGGGUGGCAGAGAAGUGUGGACGACCCCAUAUUCUGGGAAUGUGAAACCUUGUGUGACCUUAAGCUGAUUCUUUCUUGGAUGCAGGUGGGAUCUGUUUUCUUUAACCAGCCUUGCAAGUGUUCCUUGUAAGUUUGUGAUCCUCCAUUUAGCACCAGAUCCACACCACACCCAAUUAAUUAGAUCUUCAAUAAAGCACAACUGUGUUACUUAGGAAAGCUCAUGUUUAUAGUACACUUAAAAAUCAGAAAAUAAUUUAACUGUCAAAUACAAUUCUCUAACUUUCCUUAGGUUAUAAGAACUACUGGGUUUAACUCUUAAUGAUUACUAGAGUUAUUGCAGUAAGUACUAUUAAUUUUUCUGAUUCACUACAAUGAUCACAAUUGCCAUUUAUGCUCUGUUCACACUUUUUUUUGGUAAUUUAUAAUUAAUGCUUGGAAGCCUCAUAAAAUCUUAAAUACUUUUUAAAUAUUCAUAUUUAAUGCUGUUAUUCUUGUGUUACAUUUCAUUAAAAAUAAGUGCCAGCAUAACUAACAAAUAUUAAUAAUAUUAGGUCAUGUAACAACUGAAUUUAAUUGGGAUGCCAAACCCUCAUCCCAAUUUCAAGGUUAACAUCUGUGUUUAACUCCAUUUUGGUGUGGAAUUUGACCAGUAUGAAAUGGUUUGGGUUUGCAGGUGGGGCAGGCUGUGCUUGCAGGUUCUGCUGAUGUGGGCAGGAACAGAAUUCCUGUGCUGGGCACCCCAGGUGAGCUGCAGGCUCACAGCAACUGCAACUUUUAACUUUUUUACUUUCAAAAAUGAAACAAUGAAUCUUUACGUUUUUGCCAGUUAGUUUAUUAACAUAGCACCUUUAUCCUGUACUUGGUGACAUGUCUACAUGCCUGUUCUAGGGUAACUUGUUUAAUUCAGCAGCUGUUCUGUGACCAGAGCAGGGCCAGGAGCUUUGGGCCGUGCAGUGUCCCCAGUAUCUCUGUGCCCAGUGAGCAGAUAAGGGAGGAUGUUGGGAUUAGCAGGAGAUAAUUGCAGCCUUAAAUAAAUAAUCCCAUUUAUAGAGACCACACCAAAGGCCUCACCAAGACCUUCAUCAAUCAUCUCAGUCAAACACAUGAACAGGAAUUACCACUGUGGUAAUAGAAACCUCCUUCAGUUUUGUAGCUAACCCUGAAAAGUCAGAGGGCUUGAAUUAAUUUUGGUUCCUUAUUGAUUCUGUCCCUCCAUUGCAGAUCUGUUACUUCAGUGUUCAUAAAGUUUCAUAUUGAGUGCUCUGUGUCUGUUUUCAUGCUGGUAAGAUUUCAGGAAGUUCAUUUGUUCUUACAAGUGACAGGACUUAAGAAUACUUUUGUUCAUUAUGAUUGCUUCAAUAAUAUUGUUAACUUUAUUCUUGUUGAGCUGUUUCCAUUUGUGUUAUAAAUUCUAAGCAGCAGAUUGCUUGGUUAAAAUUAAUUUUAGAAGUUGUUUAAAUUCCUUGAUCAAUUUGCUGAAUAUAUAUUGUUCAUUUGAAUUGUUAAUAACAAAGCUGACUCAUUCUGUGCUGACAUCUAAAAAUCAGACUACAUAUAGUGGAAUGUGAAUGUAGUAAUAAAAGAUAUUUUUAUCUCUGAA